AUGUGGGGUUCAUUUUUUUCUGGUGGAAAAGAUCCAUUAAAAGAUCUUGGAUAUGAAAUACUUUCUGAUAAUCAACAAACAACAAAUAAUCCUCGUUCAAUUUGGACAAUAUUAAAUGGAAAGAAAAAAACAACAGGAGAUUUAGUAACAAUAUUUUCUUGUCAAAAUGAUGCUUAUAUUCAAUUAGCUAAAGGAGCAUUGAAACGUAUGAAAACCUUACGACAUCCAAAUAUUCUUAUUUAUCUCGAUAGUAUUGAAACAGAUAAAUCUGUUUAUGUUGUUACAGAAAAAGCAAUAACACUUGAAACAUAUUUAAAUGAUUUAAAAUCAAAUAUAAAUGAAACAAAUUUUAAUAAUGAACAUUUACUUGAAAUAGCUUGGGGUUUACAACAAUUAUGUCGUGUUUUAACAUUUCUUCAUGAUGAUUGUAAAUUAUCACAUGGAAAUAUAAAUACAAAUACAAUAUUUGUUGAUACUAAAUCAUGUGAUUGGAAAUUAGGAUGUUUAGAAUUUGUACAAUCUGUUAAUGAAGAUCAAAUUAAUCUUCCAUCGAAAUAUUUAUCUGCUUGUCAACGUUAUGAACCACCAUCAAAAAAAGGUGGAGAUAAUCAAAAAGCACGUGAUAUUUGGUUUGUUGGAACUUUAAUAUGGGAAAUAUUCAAUGGUAAUGGUGCUACAUCAGCUACGUCCUAUCGUCAGUUAGGUUCAAUACCACGUCCAUUAUCAGCUGCUUAUGGUGAAUUAAUAAAUCCAAAUCCAUCACUUCGUUCUUCAUUUGAUAAAUUACUUCAAUCUCCAUUUAUACAAAAUAAUUCUUUAGUUGAAUGUCUUCUCUUUCUUGAACAAAUACAAUUAAAAGAUCCUGGUGAAAAACAAACAUUUUUUACAUCAUUAUCAGAUAAAGUAGAUCAAUUUCCUUCACAUAUUAAUGAACGUAAAGUCUUACCAUUAUUAUUCAAUGCAUAUGAAUUUGGUUCAUCAGGUUCAGCUGUUCUACCAACUUUAUUUAAAUUAGGCAAACGUCUUUCUGAUAAUGAUUAUAAAAAACGUAUUGUUCCUAUUAUAACUAAAUUAUUUGCUUCAACUGAUCGUAUGACACGUUUUCGUCUUUUACAACAAUUGGAUACAUAUGUUGAACAUUUAACACCAGCUGUUGUUAAUGAUGAUAUAUUUACAAAUAUUUGUACUGGUUUUACUGAUCAAGAACCAGCUAUUCGAGAAGCGACUGUUAAAGCAAUGUUAUAUUUAGCACCAAAAUUAAAUUAUAAAAAUUUAAAUAUCGAAUUAAUGAAACAUUUUUCACGUUUACAAACAAGUGAUGAUCAAGGUGUUAUACGAACUAAUACAAUCGUAUGUCUUGGAAAAAUAGCUGCACAUCUUAAUCCAAGUUUACGUGGUCGUCUUCUAAUAUCAGCGUUUGGUCGUGGUACACAAGAUCCAUUUGGACCAUCUCGACAAGCAUCUCUUUAUGCACUUAAUCAUUCAGAACGAUUUUUUACAUUAAAAGAUAUAGCAACAAAAAUUUUACCUAUUGUUUGUCAUGCUACAAUUGAUCCUGAACUUGAUGUUCGACAACAAGCAUUUAAAACAAUACAAGUAUUUAUUAAAAAAUUAGAAACAGUUUCAGAAAAACCAGAAUUAGCUAUUGAAAUGGAAAAAGAUGUUAAUUCAAGUAAUGUUGGUGGAACAGCAAAUGAAACAUCAUGGACAUCAUGGGCUUUAACAUCACUUUCGAGUAAUAUUGGUAAAUUAACAACAAAACCACAACAACCAUCAGUUAAUUUAACAUUAGCAAAAAGUGAUUCACAAACAGCUCUAGCAACUACUUCAACAACUACAACGCCAGCAAAAGUAGAGACAAGUAAUAAUGGGCAAUCAUCUGUUACGGUAAAAACAACAACGAAAUUGCAAACGAAAACAGCAACACAAGAAUCAGAUCGACAAUCAUCAGCAUUAGCUGCAUAUUUUAAUAAAACAAAUGACGAUGUUGAAGAAGAUAAAACACCAUGGGAUGAUAUAAAAUCAAAUGAUUGGGGUGAUACAUUAGAAACAGAAGAUAAUAAAUGGGAAGAUUUUUCUGCUACUGCUGCUGCUUCAUUAUCAUCCUCUCAACCAGCAACAACAACAACAACAAAAACUUCUACUGUAUCAAAUCCAUCUUUAUGGGUACAAGAUAAACCAUCGACAACAAGUCAAAAAAAGAAUGAUUGGGAUAGUGAUGCUUUUUUUGAUGAUGUUCUUACUAGUGCAACAAAACCCAAACUGAAAACAUCGCGGCAUUAA